UUUCAUCCAACGAAUGAGCUUUGACGAUACUGCAACGCGAGAAUAACCUUUACUGAAGUCGCUGUGGCGGCGACUCCAGCCGCCCACAUUUAUGUCUCCCUGUCCUACAACUAGACAGGGUUUGUAGUAUUAUUAUUAUUAUUAUUAGUGAUCCGGUGGAAACGGACGGCUCGUAAAAUGGGAGGUAAUGGCAGCACGACUAGGAAAGUGUCCUUCGGACUGGACGAAGACGAGAAGGUCGCAGUAAUUGAAGGAGUGAAGCUCUCAGAGGAUGUGCUCCGGCGGAUGAGGGAAUCAAAGGGGUCUGACAGCGCCAAGCUACCACCGGCGACCUCAGACAGUCACAAACCACCACCAAGUCCAAAACCCUCCACUGCAGAAAAACAGGAAGAAAUCCGCCAAAACUUUGAGCGCCAACAGGCCCUGGUGCAGGAGCAGUUGGCCAGACUGGCCCAGAGGGAGAGAGAGACGUCAGCAGCUGCAGGCCUGGAUGAGCUGACCCCUGCCCUCAUCAGAGAGAGAGGAAGGGCCCGUGAAGAGCAAGAAAAGGCCAAGAUAGUGGCCAAACAACUGGAGAGGAAGGAGAAGGAACUGGCCAGCAUCUCCAGCUUCUAUAAAGAGCAACUAGAAAUACUAGAGAAAAGGAACCUUGACAACUACAAGCAGACGGCUGAACAGUACAACGAGGCAGCUACAAAAGCUGAGGCUCACAUACGACCUCGGCAGACUGCGCCUCUGUGCACGGAGCUGCAGGCCAAGGUGUUACAGUGCUACACAGAAAAUCCACAGCAGACCCUGCACUGCUCUAGUCUCGCCAAACAGUACAUGACCUGUGUCCAGCAAGCCAAGAAGUAACACACUUGGCCAGAGCACUUGGAGUAGCUCCCUUUUCCUUUAAAGAUAGACAGAAGGAUAGCAGUUAAUUAGUCAGACCUGGAAGGAGCUCAACAGUGACACUGACAGUGGAACAAAAAGGUGAAGAAGAAUAAUCCUUUUAUUCCUUAUACCAAAUCAGUUAACUUCUGAGGAUUGUGAUCUGCAUGUUGGUUACUUUGACACUUCAGAUAGGAAGCAAAAUCAAUGAGACGUGCUUAUUGGGCGGAAUUAUAAGUCACAAGGCGUGCACUGUGUUUUGGAACUUUCUGAUAGGAAGAUUACACCGUUAUUAGUGUAUUAAAAUCAGUUUUGGCAUUCAGCUCUUUGAAAUGCA